CGACGGGAGCUGUGCUGCCGCAAGCGUGAAGUGUGUCACAGGUGCGCAGUUGAUCUUCCACGGGACGAACUUCAACCCUCUUCAGCCCUCGUACAACGAUGUGGUGGUGGGUGACGAUGUGGCCGCCAACCCUAUUCUGUGCAGGCUGACCGCCGCCACGGAGACGGAGCUUACCUGCGUCCUCAGCAUCCCGCGGGACAAGGAGCACGGCACGUACCCGAUCAGGGUCCGUAUCCGUGCGUCGGGGACGGAGUGGGGCGCAGCGCAAGGCGCCGGAUUUCUUGUGCUGGGGGCUGGGGAGCAUGUCCCUGGGUGGAAGCCCAACGAUGUGCCGCAGCCCGUGCCUGUGAAUGAUGAAAAAAAGAGCAACACCGCCCUCGUCGUCGGGCUUGUCCUUGGCUCCAUCAUCCUUGUGCUGCUCUUGGCUAUCGCCUGCUUGUAUUUCCGUCCUUUUCACAAGUGCAGGAAAUAUGAUGAGUGUGAAGUAACCUACACCUCUCCUUAG